AUGUACCUAGCAACUCUUUGCGUCCUGGCGUUGCUGAGGGCGGGUACGUACCAGCAGAUUGCCAAUGCCAUUUCCUCCGCGUCGUCCGUUUAUUAUCCCCGUAUGUGUUUCUCGCCUGCCCAAGCUUCGCAUGAUGGUGACAGCCGCCUUAUAGCGAGCCUCUCAUACAAAUCGGACAUAUAUCACUAUGCUACCUCAAGCACCGAGAAUGCCACUUGCUCCGUGGAACCAGGCACCGCCGAGAACGUUGGCAUAAUACUUCAAAUCCUAGGCGCGAACCAGGCGCCAUUUGCGGUCAAAGGCGGUGGGCAUGCGAUGAACCCUGGAUAUUCGUCCACGACGGGCGUGCAGAUUUCCAUGACCAGAUUCCACAGCGUCGUUAACGAUGCGUCUACGAGCACAGCCGCAAUCGGCGCUGGUCUUACCUGGGAUAAAGUGUACUCAGCGCUCGAACAGUAUGACGUGAAUUCUUCGAAUCCCGAUCUCUUCUUUGGACUGAAGGGUGGCUACAACAACUUCGGCAUAGUCACGACAUUCACCUUCCAGACAUAUCCUCAAGGUCAGGUCUGGGGCGGUCAGAUCACAUAUCCAUCAUCGAGCGUCAAUAAUGUUAGCGCUGCCACGGCAACCUUUUCGUCGAAUGUCACCGACCCGAAGGCGGCUAUCAUCACCACCUACGACUAUACCGGUGGGCUGACUCUUGCGUCUGUCAUAAUCUUCUACGACGCUCCGUCGGGGAUUUUUGACGACUUCCUGUCAAUACCGGCAUUGGCGACCAACGUCAAGACACGUUCUUUCCUAUCAUUGGUACAGGUCGAGCCGACGCAGGAAACGGCCAACUUCCGCGGAUAUAAAAAUACAGUGCCUCUGACGGAAAUCACUCAGGGCAUUCUGAACGACGUGCUCACGGAAGCCCAGGUCGCCAUCAAGCAGAUUGUUGGGGGAGCCCCCAUCUCACCAACUUUCAUCACCACACAGGGUCGCAUCUUGCCAGGACGUCCCGAUGUUGUCGUUGGUCCCAGAGUUGUGAGAGAGGCGUGGAAAUUAAGCACCAUCUCAAAGGGGGUAUUGAGAUUAAUGCGGGUGCCGUGGAUCUCUCCCUUCUGGAAGCUGUUGGAGGCAUUGGAAGCAGCUUGCAUGGCUGUGGGGAGGAGGGGUGGCGGUGCUUGGCGGGCAGUCAAUGGGUCUCGGCGCGCACCCAGUUUUACUCGAAUGCGAAAGGCAUAUGUGAUUCUGGCUUCGAAUAAUGUGACAACGGAUAGUUCCGUUGGGAUUUUGCAGCGCUGGGCAGCAGCCGACAGCGAUGCCGAGAUUGGUGAUCAGGUGAUGACAGCGCCUCCAAUGUUUGGUUCCGUGCCCAUUUCCAAGUUGUCCUUCGGCGCAGUGGAGUACCACACCUAUGCCAGUCACUUUCCUCCUGUGCUUAACUCAGGACAAGAAACGAUGCAGUCAGACCUGCAGGCUAAAACCGGCUAUAUUCCACGUCACGGCUCAUAUAUCGCGCUAUGGCUGGAUCCCGUACGCAUGGCCGAAUCCCUCGACGAUCCGCGUCUUACAGCUGUCGCAAGCAAAUUGACACCCCGCAAGUAUAUAGCGUUUGUGGAUUCGGUCUAUGACUUUCCUCUUCGUCGUCAUCCGUGGCACCGUUGUUUCAUACGGUUCGUGGGGGUUGGCAUGCCCAAAGAUGAGCCAGAGGAAUUCAAGACAUCGAUGUCUUUUGAGGAAAGAGUCAGGCAUGAACAAUACCUUAGUGAGGAUUGGGCGCAGCACCAAGCAUUACGCGCACAACAGAACCCUCCGCCUCCGCCUGUGGAACCGGAGGAGACCCCAACAUUCUCAGAGAUCGUAGCGAACCCUGACUCAUCUGUCCCUCCGAAUGACGCUGUGAAUGUGCGAGACUGGCUUCAGGCGGUCGACUGCAGCGAGGAUCAAGAUGGCGCACCAUGUCCGCACGAGGAUGCUGUCUCUGAGCACUUUGACGCCGCAAUCACUGCAGAAGAUGACCGUAUACCUACGCUCAAUAGCGACACUGACACAGAGUACCCCGACAGUGUCGACAGCGAUUCCGACGCUGAAUUUCUCGUGCUUACUGCUGACAACAAUACCGACACUGAGGCCAUCGUUGAGGCCGUCCUUGGUCCAUUCCGCGCUAAAGUUGAUGAUAUCGAUGUUGUGCCCCUUGUCAGCUACUCGUUUGAUUUGGCCGAAGGAGGAGAAUGCGCUGAUCCCCGUGGGUUUAUUGAGGAAGCAGAGGCAAUGGCUGAGCUCAUCCGGAAAGCACGCGAUGGUACGCUGGGUGACCCUCGGGCGGCAACACCUGACAGUUUGGUGCCAUUGGCUCAAGAUGUGGCCGAGGGCACUACUCCGGAGCCUGAUCUGGUACGCGAUGAGGCUCCCACCAAUGCAGACUCCGGCAAUGCUAUCACUGAGCAUCCUUCGGACACUAUGGAGACGGCGAUAGAACGUUCAGUUGAUACGCCGCCGGAGUCCUCGCCGGAGACUAAGGGCGACACCACCUUACCGGAGGCGCGGUCAUUCUGGCGACUGGUACGAAUGAAGGGAUCACCGCUUUCCUCGACAAAAGCAUUCGUUGCUGGUUUCUUUUCGAAGGCUCCGACCGCUGCUUACGGUCUUGACGCACCACGCACCCGCGAUCUACUGGCAAUCUGGAUUUACAAGUGCGGGAAUAUGCUACCGGCCUGGAAUACGGGAACAAUGCGACCUCUCAGCUGGCUGGAGACUUCUCGGCGAUAUUAUGCACCAUCUUCCUCGGCGCUCGUCAGAAUUCGCUGGAAGAUGCCUGCGGAUACAGGUACCGUGGCCUCAGAUGGGACGGCGGAGUUAAUUCUCAAUCAUAGCAGGAUUGCAAGGCCAUCAAGAGAUACGAGUGACCAAAAGGAGUCGGCGUGCAGCGAAAGCAGGCAGAUUGUUUCCGGCAUUGUGUAA